AUGCCAGUCUUGGAAAGCUUCAAGAAUCACAUCAAGGAAGCAUUCCUCGAUAUCUCCAUUAUAACAUACGUAUUGGUUGUCAUUUUUGGCACAGCUUCAUGGAUUGCCAUCAACGGGCUCUGGGUCGAAUUACCUAUCAUUGUCCAAGAAAUUCCUGAAAGCUGGUCUCUUCCAUCCUACCUGACAGUGAUAAUCCAACUGGCAAACAUAGCUCCGUUAGCUUUUACACUUGGGAACAAGUUUUAUCCUCGCAUGGUCCACGAGAUUCCCGUCAUAUACAUCAGCCUGUUUAUUGGCACGGUUUCCUGUGUUCUGUUGGUAUUUUUUUGGAAAGAAACGUCCUUCAUCGCCGGAGCUGAAAGAAGCACUGCGUUGUUAGUCCUCUGUUUCUUCCUUUCUGUAGUUGAUUGUACAUCGUCUGUGACGUUCCUACCAUACAUGGCAAUCUUUCGAGAAGUCUACAUGAGCCCAUAUUUCCUAGGGGAAGGUUUAAGUGGUCUGAUACCCAGUCUGGUGGCAUUGGGGCAGGGUGUGGGCGGGGGGUCUCAUACCCCUUGCCCCAAUGAAAGCCCCACACAGGCUCCCGUGAACACCACAAAUGGAACCUCCAACAUCACCGACUCUGGCAGCUGGGGACCCGGCCCAAAAUUUCCCGCUGAAGGAUUUUUCUGGUUCCUGGCUGGGAUGAUGUUGGCAUCUGGGUUGGCCUUUUUGGGAUUGAAUUAUCUCUCUGUGGCGAAACGACAGCAAGUGAAGACGAUUUACGAAGUUUCUCCCGACGGAGGCCAGCGUUCCACCUUAGAGCUUGUCUCUUAUGAGCAGGGCAGCUCACCAGGUUCAAAUCCACUAUCUAAUCAAGGUUCCAUUGAUCCUGACAAGACGACCACGAAAGAUUCCAUAUUCCUUAUGGCUAUCUUAGCUGUUGUCAGUGGCCUGAGUAAUGGUGUGAUACCAGCUAUACAGUCAUAUGCCUGUAUUCCUUACAGCUACUACAUCUAUCAUUUGACUCUCACCCUGUCCAACAUUGCCAAUCCAGUCACCUGUUUUGUGUUUCCAUUCAUCCGCUCUACUUCAACACUGAUCAUAGCAGUGCUGAGUUGUGUCUACUUUGGAAUGUGUACCUACAUUCUCAUCGUUGCAUCACAAAGUCCAAAUGUGCUGUUGCGCUGUAACGAUUCUGGUGCUGUUUUGAUUGUAAGUAUAUCCUCCGAUGAAGUAAUUAACCAAUUCCUUUUCGGUUAACUUUUAUAUGAGCAAAUGCAAUGAAAUAAUCAUCGCACUAAGCUGGUUAAGUACUGCCUGAUUACCUAACACCGAAAACUGACUGAAGAUCCCGAAAAUUUUUUGAGAAAUCUUAUAGGCUCCUGGGUAACGUCUUUGGACCAUGUAGGUGUUUCGUAUGCAUAAUUGCCCUGAGGCCUAGGAUUCUUAGCGAUUCUUUCUCAGAGUUUCGAACUUUCGCUAAGCUGUGCGAAACGUAGGACGAACGAGCUUAAUGUUAAGCUUUCGCUAAAUGGCCUACAUUUGACAUGUUGAAAGCAGUGAAUGACAUUUAACAAGACCAGUUUUGCGGCAGCUUCUUUUAUUUGCCUUUGCUGAUUCGCAAUUAUCGUUGCGUGAGUUUUCCUCGAGGAGCCCCAGGGAGAGAAACAUCGCCAGAAAUAAAGGACAUUUCGAGCCCGCUAACAAUUAUCAGCGGUAUAUCGUAUUACACUCCGGAACAAUAGAAUAGAAUUGAGUCAACAUGCCGGCGAUUAUGGCUCGAUCUGCAAAGAAAACAUCUGGACCAAUUAUUGCAAAAAUAUUUUGGGAUGUGAGGUUUACAUUUACAUGCCGCUUCGUUCUAAAUGACCUGUUUCACUAGUAGUCCAGCUGAGCGAUCUAAAAGUUGCAAUUUCAAACGAUACAAAGACAAUCGAGUUUUUGCUAUGCACCUGUUUUGUCUUUCACGUAUUCAGCUGUGACUGAGCUCGAAAACCCUACUAUUCGCUAAUGAUGAGUCACUACCGUUACAUUGGUUGUACACUGAGUACCAAAAUGCUAAUUUAGAACACAAAUAAAAAGUGACUGACAAAGGCUCAAGUUAUAUUUUAAGUUUUUUGACGACCAAUGAAUAUGUAUCUCCUUUUUUUUAAGGUCUUCAUCAGUGUCAGUGCAGUUUCUGUGGUAACUUACAUCAAAGUUGCUAUUGGAGGAAUAAUGCGAGAGAAAGGACGCAGGCAUUUGUUGUGGUAUGGCGUAAGUGAACAGAUUGGUUCAUGUGUGGGAGCAUUAGCCAUGUUUGCUCCCGUAAACAUCUACCAUUACUUUAAACAAGAGUGA